AUGAUAACCGGAAAGGACAUAUACGACGUUUUGGCGGCCAUAACCCCACUCUACGUGGCCAUGAUCCUCGCGUACGGCUCGGUUCGUUGGUGGAAGAUCUUUACCCCCGACCAAUGCUCCGGCAUCAACCGUUUCGUGGCCGUCUUCGCCGUCCCACUCCUCGGCUUCCACUUCAUCUCCACCAACGACAUCUACGCCAUGAACUACCACUUCAUAGCCGCCGAUUCCCUCCAGAAAGUCGUCAUCCUCUCGGCUCUCCUCCUCUGGCACUCCCUCUCGAAAAACGGGUCCCUCGACUGGACCAUCACCCUCUUCUCCCUCUCGACCCUCCCCAACACCCUCGUCAUGGGGAUCCCUUUGCUCCGAGCCAUGUACGGCGACUUCUCGGCCAACCUCAUGGUCCAGAUCGUCGUCAUGCAGAGCGUCGUCUGGUACACCCUCAUGCUCUUCAUGUUCGAGUAUCGCGGGGCCCGCGCCCUCAUCUCCGACCAGUUCCCUGGAGGGGCCGCCGCCUCGAUCGCCUCGUUCCGGGUCGACCCGGACGUCGUCUCGCUCAACGGCCGGGAGCCUGGGGAGCAUAAGGAGAUUGAGAUUGAGGACGCGCCAAAGUUUCCGACGAGCGCGUCACCAUAUUCAUGUCCGAAGAAAUUUGAUGACGAGGAGGAUGGAGAGAAAAAGACGCAAAUGCCCCCGGCGAGCGUGAUGACGAGGCUGAUACUCAUCAUGGUGUGGAGGAAGCUUAUCAGGAAUCCCAACACUUACUCCAGUCUCUUUGGACUUAUUUGGUCUCUCAUCUCAUUCAGGUGGAACAUUCAAAUGCCCUCAAUAGUGAAAGGUUCGAUAUCGAUUUUGUCCGAUGCAGGCCUCGGCAUGGCCAUGUUUAGCCUUGGUUUGUUCAUGGCUUUGCAACCAAAGAUCAUAGCUUGCGGAAAAUCGGUGGCCACAUUUUCAAUGGCGGUAAGGUUCUUAACCGGCCCAGCUGUCAUUGCCGCAACUUCCAUUGCCAUUGGCCUCCGAGGAAUUCUUCUGCACGUCGCGAUUGUUCAGGCUGCCCUUCCACAGGGGAUUGUACCCUUUGUUUUUGCAAAAGAGUACAAUGUGCAUCCAGACAUACUUAGCACUGCGGUUAUUUUUGGAAUGUUGAUUGCCUUGCCCAUCACAAUUCUCUACUAUGUGCUUCUUGGAGUAUAAAGCCUUGUUUGGCAGAUCAAGAAUCGAAAAUUGGGUGAUUGGGAUUGAUGAAUAAAAAGUAAGAAGUGGAUAGAGUAAUCAAAGGUGGAGUAAGAUGAAGCUGCAUGCAUUCAUGCAGGAAUUUUAAUUGGUUUUUUUCCUUUGGAAUCAGUGCACAAGUUGGUAAACCAUAUGCAGACUGCAUGUGGGCUCUUUGAUGAGCUCAUAAUUAUACAAGUUAUAAUUCAUUUUGAGUAUUCCUUUUGUGAUUAAGUUUGUUAUUUUUUUAUUUUAUUUUUUAAUGUUGUGUCAAUUGUUUUAGAAAGUGAGGUGUAGAUCAUAGAGGAGCUUCGAUGAAGAUGUUAGUGUAUUUUAUUUGUUUUUUGUGUUUUAUUUUUUGGCAUUAUUGUUUGUAUGGUUUUAUCCGGGUGUUAUGCAAUAAAUGAUUAAAUUAGC